AAAAAACUCACCGCCCUCAUCACCCGUCGCACGAUGAUCUCUCCGGACAUGUACCUCAAAGUCUUCAUGGGCUCGAUGCUCAUGUACAGCGUCCAGAUGAUGUUCCUGCCCAAGAAGCUCAACGACGACCACUUCGCGGCGCCGCUCACGCCGACCGCGGAGUUCUUCCUCCGCGGCGGUUCCUGCGGCUACCUCGCGAUGGUCUACUGCAUGACCAAGCUCCCGACGGAGGAGGCGCUCACGGUCGCCUUCGCCGUGUCGUUCGCGUGCGGCUGCCUCUACCCGUGGAACGCGAAGUUCGGCCUCUUCCAGGAGAAGAUGAAGGUCAAGUACCCGAUGCACUACGUGCCCGAGCUCCUCAUGCUCUCGCUCACGGCCGCCGGCGCCUACUGCAAGUUCGCCUAAGCCCGCCGAGCGACGCGCGCGCGCGAAGCCCGCCGCCGCGACCCCCGGGCGCCUACGAGAGGCGCCGGCCUAAGAACCAACGUCCCUUA